GCGAUAGAACAGCGGGUAGGGCGUUUGCCUUGCACUUGGCCACCUCGGUUUGGAUCUCCAUAUGGUGCAUCGAGCACCGCCAGGAGUAACUAACCCCUGACCAUUGCUGGGUGUGAUCCGAAAAGACAAAAAAUCAAAACCAACCAGCCAAACAAACGAAAGACAGUUGCAAUCUCUGUGAGCAGGGAGCCCUGGCGUUUUUGGGGAGCACCAUGCGGGAAGGUGUUUAGGGCUCACUCCUGACUGAUUUUGUCAACCAUUCUUGCCCGGGGCUCGGGAACCAUAUGGGGUGAUGGCAGGGAUUGAACCCUGGUCGGUCGUAUGCAAGACAGGUGCCCUCCCUGCUGUUCUGUUACUCCAGCCCUGACAAGCACUUCUCCAGUCUCGUUAAGAGAUUGCACUGAGCCAUAGGUUUGGGUUUCUUAGCAUCCAAGCAAAGUGUUUGGAAACGCAAACAGAUAUUGACUGCGACCCCUGCAUGGGCAGAUCCGAUGAAGUCCUGGCUUCAUUCUGCUGACGGGUCCCGAAGGGCUCAGCUGUUUGCUCAGCAGGCGCUAUUCCUCAGACUGGACAGUCAGGGCCACUUCCAGCUCUCCUGGGGAGGAGAAAUGCUGAUUCUAGGCACCCCCUGUCAGGGGCUAGAGUGAGAAAUGGGUGUCUCUGCGCUCUUGUAUGCUAGUUUGUUUUUGGGGGUUGCACCCGGCGGUGUUCAGGGCUGACUCCUGGCUCUGUGCUCUGGGAUCACUCCUGGUGGUGCUUGGGGGACCAUAUCGGGUGCUGAGCUAGAGCCCGGCUCCGAUGAAUGCAAGCAAUGUGACCAUGGCCCAGCAUGCGUCCACCAUCAGGCCGCGCCGGAUCCAGAACCAGAACGUCAUCCACCGCCUGGAGCGCCGGCGCAUCAGCUCGGGCCGCGCGGGCACCCACUGGCACCAGGUGCGGGUCCUGCACCAGAAUGUCUUCCCCAACUUCACGGUGGUGAACGUGGAGAAGCCGCCCUGCUUCCUGCGCAAGUUCUCCCCCGACGGCCGCUAUUUCAUCGCCUUCUCCUCGGACCAGACGUCGCUGGAGAUCUAUGAGUACCAGGGCUGCCAGGCGGCCGAGGACCUGCUGCAGGGCUAUGCCGGCGAGACCCUGGCCAACGGUGGCGCCGGCGACCCGCGCUCCGCGGGCGUGCGCGGCCGCCUCUUUGAGCGCUUCUUCGCGCUGCUGCACAUCACCAGCGUGGCGGCCCACGGCGAGCACCUGAACCGGGAGUGCAGCCUCUUCACAGAUGACUGCCGCUGCGUGAUCGUGGGCUCUGCUGCCUACCUGCCCGACGAGCCGCACCCACCCUUCCACGAGGUGUACCGCAACAGUGAGUCCGUCACGCCCAACCCGCGCUCCCCGCUCGAGGACUACUCGCUGCACAUCGUGGACCUGCACUCGGGCCGCCUGUGCGACACCCGCACCUUCAAGUGCGACAAGGUGGUCCUGUCCCACAACCAGGGCCUCUACCUGUACAAGAACAUCCUGGCCAUCCUGUCGGUGCAGCAGCAGACCAUCCACGUCUUCCAGGUGACGCCCGAGGGCACCUUCCUGGAUGUGCGCACCAUCGGCCACUUCUGCUACGAGGACGACCUGCUGGCCGUCUCGGCCGUCUUCCCUGAGGUGCGGCGCGAUGGCCCCGCGGGCAUGGCCGGCCCCUUCCGGGACCCCUUCAUCAACUCCCUGAAGCACCGGCUGCUCGUGUACCUGUGGCGCCGGGCCGAGCAGGACGGCAGCGCCAUGGCCAAGCGGCGCUUCUUCCAGUACUUUGACCAGCUGCGGCAGCUGCGGAUGUGGAAGAUGCAGCUUCUGGACGAGAACCACCUGUUCAUCAAGUACACGAGCGAGGACGUGGUCACCCUGCGCGUCACUGACCCGUCCCAGGCCUCCUUCUUCGUGCUGUACAACAUGGUGACGACAGAGGUGGUGGCUGUGUUUGAGAACACCUCGGACGAGCUCCUGCAGCUCUUCGAGAACUUCUGUGACCUGUUCCGCAAUGCCACACUGCACAGCGACGUGCAGUUCCCCUGCUCUGCCUCCAGCAACAACUUCGCCCGCCAGAUCCAGCGCAGGUUCAAAGACACCAUCGUGAACGCCAAGUACGGGGGCCACACAGAGGCCGUGCGCCGCCUGCUGGGCCAGCUGCCCAUCAGCGCCCAAUCCUACAGCGGCAGCCCCUAUCUGGACCUGUCCCUCUUCAGCUACGAUGACAAGUGGGUUUCGGUCAUGGAGCGGCCCAAGACCUGUGGGGACCACCCCAUCAGGUUCUAUGCGCGGGACUCAGGGCUGCUCAAGUUCGAGAUCCAGGCAGGCCUGCUGGGCCGCCCUGUCAGCCACACGGUGCGGCGCCUGGUGGCCUUCACCUUCCACCCCUUCGAGCCCUUCGCCAUCUCCGUGCAGCGGACCAAUGCCGAGUACGUCGUCAACUUCCACAUGCGUCACUGCUGCACCUAGGCCCCCUGCCUGGCCCCCUCCUUGUUUUGAGACCUGGAAGCAGAAUCAGGGUCUGCUGCUGGGUCUCCCGCCUGGACUUCUCCUCCGCUCUGCGCCACGACAGGCAGACUCGGGCCUUCCCCCUGGUGCACCGCCGGGUGAAGCGUUCCCCGGCCCCUGCGUGCUGAGCACGGCCACCUCCUCCCUGUGCUGCGCCCGCAGGGCCAUCUUUGUAAGGGAAUAAAGCGUCUGUAUUUUCUUA